UUUCCUCUUCUUAAAAAGAAACAAAAAAAGAAAACCGAAAGGAAAGCCGAAAUCGGAUAAGAAAAAGGGGGAAUGAUCUGAAGAAGAGGAAAUCAGAGGAGAAGGAAUCGUGGUGGAUUGCUUUGUCUUCUCGUUUUGAUUACUUUGGUGAAAGAUCUGCAAGGUCUUAGGAUGUUCCAAUUUAAUUUGAGGUUCAAUGGUUUGAGAUUUGACAGAAUUAGCAGAAAACAAGUUAUUCCUUCCAUGCAACCUUUUGCAAAAUGACCUGUCCGAAAGAGAGAAAGAAUCAAAUGUAUACCGGGUCUUCCUCUGCUAUUCUUUCUCGGAAGAUGGAUGAAUCAUCAUCACUAUCUGGAGAGUCCAAAUGCACAUCUGUUUGUUCAAAUGAGCAGCCUCACCUGCCUCCUAAAACAUCACAAAUAAAAAAACCUGUUAUACUUCCUGACAGUGAUAUUGAUGGGCUAUUGGAGUGUCCUGUUUGCAGCAAUGCAAUGUUUCCACCUAUUCAACAGUGUCCUAGUGGGCAUACUCUGUGCUCCACGUGCAAAGCAAAUGUUAAUAAUAAGUGCCCAGUUUGCCGGAAGGAAAUUGGUAACAUAAGGUGCUUAGCUCUCGAAAAGCUUGCAGUUUCCCUCCAUUUGCCAUGUGCAUUUCAUAGUCUGGGCUGUGAGGAGAUGUUUCCUUAUUACAGCAAGCUGCAACAUGAAGCACAGUGUGUACACAGGCCAUACAGUUGUCCUCAUCCAGGUUCAGAUUGCCCUUUCACAGGGGACAUUCCAUCUCUUCUAUCCCAUCUAAGGGAGAGUCAUAAAGUUGACCUACAAACAGGUUACACUUUCAAUCACCGUUAUGUGAAACAGGACCCUUGUUCAGUUGACAAUGUCUCUUGGACACUAACACUUUUCAGCUGCUUUGGUCACUAUUUCUGUCUACACUUUGAAGCAUUUUUACUGGGAACAGAGCCAGUUUACAUGGCUUUCCUCCGCUUCAUGGGUGAAGAAAUGGAAGCAAGGAAGUUCGCCUACUGCCUCGAGGUCGGCGGGAAUGGGAGGAAGAUUACAUGGCAUGGUGUGCCACGGAGCAUCAGAACACACCACAGAACAGUUCGCGACAGUCAUGAUGGGCUCAUAGUGCAGAGGAGUCUAGCUCUUUACUUUUCAGGCGGCGAUAGGAAGGAAUUGAAGUUAAGAGUGACCGGGAGGAUUUGGAGGGAAAUGUAAGCCUUAGCCGGGGAUUUCCCGGCAUGGAAUUCCGAUGCCAAAAAUACAAGACGAGUGACCAGAUGUUUGAGUCUGAUACUCCCGUGUUCGAUAGGUUGUAUUCUUUUGUACACAAACCAUCCAUGCUUUGUGAUCCCAGACAAACUUUGUGUUGUUUCUCACUAAACAAAUCUGAAUAUAGAUGGAGAAGGAAAGGUCGGUCAGUUCUUUCCUUGCUGUUGGCUAUUUUGUAUGUGUGGCAGGUGUUCAUUUCUUUUUGGUUGUAGUAGUAACUUUGAUGCAUCUGGAAAUAGUGGUUCUUGAUUCAAUGCUGUUGGCUUGAAUUUGGAAGCAGUGUUUUGUAGCUCAGAUGCUGCAAAUGUGUACUCUUGGAAACUUGUCAAUUAAUAGCAAAGUGUUCAGUAUUUAGUUGAA